GAGAUGCGGGGCGGGGCGAGGUGAGGUGGGAUAAGAUGGCGGCGGGGGGCGCGUCAGAUGCCCAAGCGCGCUUCGGCCACUCGGUGAAGGGGCUCCUGACCGAGAAGGUGACGAGCUGCGGCACCGACGUGAUCGCCCUCACCAAGCAGGUGCUAAAGGGCUCUCGCAGCGCCGAGCUCCUGGGUCAAGCUGCUAGAAACAUGGUGAUGCAAGAAGAUGCCAUCCUGCACUCAGAAGAUAGUUUGAGGAAAAUGGCCAUAAUAACAACACAUCUGCAGUACCAGCAGGAAGCAAUUCAGAAGAAUGUUGAGCAGUCAUCAAACCUACAGGACCAGCUGCGUCACUUGCUGAGAUGAAGUGUAGCUGAAGGCUCAAGGACAUCUCGAUUGUCCCUGAGGGCAGCCAAGCACCCUUUCCCCUGGUGAGCCUGGAGUUCAGGCUUGUGCCUGGAUGGUGCUGGGUGUCAGCUGGAAUACAUGCAGAGUCUGUGUUUCUGGGCAUGUGGGCCCCUCUCACAUGCUGGCAUCCACAUCUCUGCUCCAGAAUACUCCCUGCCACAACUGAAACAAACAUAUCUGAAACUUUACUCCCCUCAACAA